AUGCAGUACGCAAAACUUCCUCAAUUCCAGUACCAGAAGUUUGAAGGACAACAUCACUAUCAAUCGUAUAAUCCUCAAACUCUGGGCUUUACAUAUCAUCCUCUUUCCCCCAAGCCUGCGAGCUCUGGACCGGAGAAAGACAACAAGGAAGUUACUGACACCGAACCGGAAAAGGAGAACACUGAGCAGGUCACCGAAGAGAGCCCGCCUGCCCCCGCCGAAGAAUCACCUGCACCACCCCAAGAUGAAGCCACGAAUUCUGCAGAUGCAGCACCUGAGGCAGAAACAGCAGAAACAGCAGAAGCGCCCGCUGAGCCUGAGCAAACGGCGGAUAAUGCUGAAAGCCAAGAGAAAGCCCCCGAUGACACUGGGGACGCAACUCCAUCCUCAGAGGAGCCAAAUGAGCCUGGAAAUGAUGCUGCUGGGGCUGAUGAAACAGCUGAGCCUCCAGCCAACGAACAGCCUGCAGUAGAAGAAGCAUCUUCACCAGAAGGCGAUGCUUCGGGAGAAACCUCACCCGCUGAGAAUGCGCCUGCGGAAGAGGGAGCCUCAACCGAGCCACCAACAGAAACACCAGCAGAAACACCAGCAGAAGACACACCAGCACCGACAGAAGAGGCUCCAGUAGAGGAGCCGCCAGCAGAAGAAUCUGCCGCUGCAGAAGCGCCAGCGGAGGAAACCCCGGCAGAAGAAACACCAGCAGAAGGCCCUCCUGUAGAGGAAGCUCCAGUGGAAGCGACCCCAGCAGAAGCUCCCUCAGAGGAGCAAUCAGCUGAACAAGCACCGGCGGAAGAAACGGCGACAGACAAACCCGCCGCUGAACAGCCUUCAGAAGAUGCCCCGGCGCAAGGUGAAUCGACAGAGAAAGCCCCGGAAGACAACACAACGGCAACCGAAGAACCCCCAAAAGAGGAGCCAGCCGAACAGGCCGAGAAAGUAGAAAUUACGGAGCCUGCUGCAAGCAAUACACCUGAAACAAAGGAUGAAGCCGCAAAAGAUGAUUGGGCACCGAUUGGUAAGAAAGGAAAAAAGGGAAAAAGUGCGAAAAAGAAGAAAGGAGCUGCUGCAGAUAAGGUCCAAGAGCCUGUAGAACAAGCAGAGCCAGACAAAGCAACUGCGGCAGAAACUACCCCCGACGCCAUCACGCCUGAAGCCGAAGAUUCCAGUAAAGCGCCAGAACCAGGAGCAGAACCGCCAGGAAAAAAGAACAAAAAGAAGAAGGACAAAAAGAAUAAGAAAAAGGGAGCUGCCGCAGAAGAAACACCAUCUGCCGGAGAAACACCACCUGCUGAAGAAGCGCCCGCGGAAAUGCCCACGGAAGAGAAGCGAGAGGAGGAAGUCGCUGCAGAAAACCUACAGGAAAACUCGGAACAAAAGUCACUAGAAGAUGAAGCCGCUGAAGCCGCCACAACAGAAGCGACUCCCACCGAGGAACCAGCCGUUGGGGAGCUUGCCACCGAAGAGCCUACUGUCACCGAAGAGCCUACUGUCACCGAAGAGCCUACUGUCACCGAAGAGCCUGCUGCCACCGAAGAGCCUGCUGCCACCGAAGAGCCUACUGUCACCGAAGAGCCUACUGUCAACGAAGAGCCUACUGUCACCGAAGAGCCUGCUGCCACCGAAGAGCCUGCCACUGAGGAAGCUGUCGCCAAGGAACCAGCCGCAGAAGAAAUCCUGGCUGAAGGAGCUACCGCAGAAGAGCCUGUUCCUGAAGAACUAGCCGACAAAGAAUCUCCCGCCGAAGCUGCCGAAGAAGAACAACCAGGCGAGGAUGUACUAGACUCUUGGGAUAUGGAUGACGACUUCGGUGAGACAGAAGAUCUCAAAGAAACAUCCAACGAGGACGAACCGGGCAAAAACGGAGAGAAUGACGAUGAAACCUUUCCGGAAUGUGACCCAUGCGCGGAGCAGGGCCAAGUAGAGGCUGAGAAAGAAGCCGAGGCAAGGCAAGCGCAGGAGGACGCUGAGGAAGUAGACCCUGCAGAGUCACUAUCACAACUCGAAAAUGGAAACUGGGAUGAUUUGGAAGACAUCGGACAGGCCGAAGCUGCAGCCGAAGAAGAUCUUUCAACACAAGAAGAAUCCAAAGCCGAAGACGAUGUGGCGGCACCUGCUGAAGCAACCGAAGAACCAAACCAGGAAGAACCUACACCUGUUAUCGCCGAAGAACCAGAAGCUUCCGGUGACGGAGAAGAGACUCCUGAGAGUGAACACCACGCAGAGGUAGCGGACGCCACAGAAUCUGCAGCCAAAGGAGACGACUCUGCAGUUGAGGCACAGGUUAGCCAAGAAGCAGCUACAAAGGAAGCUCCAACAGCCGAAGAACCCGAGACAGCGCCAGCUGAAGUGGCCGACGCAGAAGAAGAAAAGCCUGCUGAACCUGCUGAACCUGCUGAACCUACUGCCGAGCCUACUGCCGAGCCUGCCGCUGAGGCUGUCAUUGAGCCUACCGCCGAACCUGUCACCGUGCCUGCUGAAGAGCCUGUCGCCGAACCUGUCGCCGAACCUACCACCGAACUUGUGGAGGAACUUGCUGCCGAACACGCUGAGCCUGUUGCUGAACCCAUUGAAGAGGAAGCUCCGGCUGAAGUUAUACAAGACGAAACACCAGCCGAAGCAGAAGCGACAAAGGAAGCCCCUGCAGAAGAAGCCAGCCCCCCUGCUCCCGAGGAGGCCCCAGCUGCGGAUGUUCAACCCGAAGAACAACAACUAGAAGCUGAGGUCGCGGAGGAAGCACCGCUUGACAAUGCUAAUGAGCCUGCUCCUGCCCCUCCGGUCGAGGAGGAACCUGUCGAAAGGGCUGUUGAACCUGUAGAGCCCGAACCUGCUCACAUCGGGGAGGUCUCUGUAGAAGAGACUCCUGCUGAAGAGGUCCCAACUGCUGCUGAAGUCGAAGGUGAGGUGACUUACAUUGAACGAGAGCCCCCAGAGACAUCAGAACAGAACGGUUCCGAUGAAUGUGCGGUGGACGACACCCGUGAUGGUAGUCUAGACGCCACUGCCGAGGAGUCAGGACACUCACGGAGACGACGACGUCGCACAUCUGCCUGGACUCGCGAUAGAGUUCCAUCAAAGGGAUCUAUGGAAAGCUACCGAGGCCAUCUCGAACGCCCCAAAGGCGACGGCGGCAUAUUGAAGAAUAGAUGGGCCAUGGCACUGGACGAAGCCCGUCGACAGCAGGAGGCCAAACAGCGCAAAGAGGCCAAGCUCAAGCUUGAAAGGGCGCAAGAAAAGCAGAGACGUGACGAAGCCGCCGCCAAAGCCAAGCGAGCAGCCGAGAGAGCAGCCGAGAAAGAGAAAGCCAGGCUUGCUGAAAAGCGAGCAAGCAAGGAUAGCGCGCAACGUCGGCCGAGACACGUCUCUUCAGACCAUUCUUCAGGCAGUCGAAGCAAGCGGCGGGACCCAUCACCUCAACAGGAGGGCGAUGGCCUCGGUCGAAAAGUGAUUGAUGCGUUGACUACAGGCGAGUCUAACACCAACGGACCCCUUCUUACCAUCAACGCUGUCAAGGCUGUUGCUAAUAUCUCUGCAGCGCCUGAGCCAGUGAAACGGUCGUCCACAAACCAGUCUGGGCGUAGUAGUCGUCGUUCUCAGGAGGAAAAACAGUCUGGUGGAAGCAGCGGAAAGAGACCAUCAGAUAGACGAGAAAAACAACACGAUCGUCGCAAAGAUGAGGGCCCUUCUGACCAGCGAACUCGACGCCAUGAUGAACGUCGGAGGACGGAGCGUUCGGAAGAAGCAGACCGUCGUGAACGUCGACACAAAAAGAGGGAACCUUCCCCACCUCCAAAUUCUCGACUGAAGAGUCUCAUGAAGUCUAUUUCGGUUUUUUGA